GCUAGGUAUAAAGCCACCUAGUUUGAGCUGUGUUCUUCAGUAGAAUUGGAGUCAUGUGUCUGUCUGUUUCUUCCAUCACAUGAAACAUAUAGAAUAUGAAGUCCGCAAUAUUUAGUCUUUCUCAUUCUCAGGAUUAAACCCAUUCCUAUUGAAUCUCUUUCAAACAUAUGGUUGUUCAUCACCAUUCUUGGUUCCAAAUAGAUAACAUCACAGACCAAGAUUGAGACCCCUAUUGAGUCCCCUUCAAGGCAUUUAUAGCUAAACCAACUAUUCCAAUUAGUUUACUGCUUCACUUAUGAGCUGCUAGCACUCUUUGGCUCAAUUUUCUAGAGAUUGAUCAGUGAAACAAGCUGAUAUGAGUAUGAGUGAACGAUUUGGUUCAGAAAGAUCAAAACCGUGGAACAUCCACUCAAUUUCAGAACCUAGUCCUUCCCAAACACAAGUUAACAGACAAGGACAAUGGAAGAACUUUGGGACAUCAAUGGAUGCCAUUUCUUUUGGUUUUGUUGCUACAGCUAUCCUCAUAUCCAUGUUUCUCAUUAUGGCCAUAUUUGAACAUCUCUUCAAGCCUAGCCCCCCCUUCUCUUCAGCUCAAGAUAGUAGAAACAGUUCCUUGGAGUUGGGCUCGAUUCAGAAACGUGCAAGUUCACAAACAGUAGAAACACCAUAUCCGUCAGAUUACACAGUUUUGAUGCCAGGACAACAGUAUCCUACCUUCAUUGCCAAGCCAACUCCACUGCCUUGUCCAAGGGAAGGGGUUUAUUGGCCUUCCCAUGGACAUAGUUUCCCCUUCUCUUAAUGAUUCUAAAAGACUAGUUAAUUUUUUUAUCAUAUAUUUAAAUCCUCAAAAGAAUAUUUAUGUAAUCUUAAAAAAUUUCACCAGUUCCAUAAUCUAGCACUCUGUUACACUCCUCUGACAUGUAAAUUAGCUGUCGGACGAAAACUGAAGUUUUGCACAUUAGGAAGAAGGAAAAUUUGGGGUGAUGUUGGAUUGUUUUGGUGUAACAUAAAUUCGUUUUUUCCCGUCUAUUGACUGAGUUCCCCUUUUUAGU